CUCUCCUUUCCCUACCUUUCGCUCUCACUGACUCACUCAGUCUCUAUCUACACAUCUCCCUCUCUCACCCUUCCCUACCUUUCGCUCUCACUGACUCACUCUGUCUCUAUCUACACAUCUCCCUCUCUCUCUUUCUCUUUCUUUCUCCCUUCCCUACCUUUCGUUCUCACUGACUCACUCUGUCUCUAUCUACACAUCUUUCUCUUUCUCGCUCUCUCCCUUCCCUACCUUUCGCUCUCACUCUGACUCACUCUGUCUCUAUCUACACACCUCUCUGCUUCUCUCUCUUGUCUGGCUAACAACGUUCAUGUCUGUCAAAUGCCAGACCAGCAAACCUCAGUAGCACCACACAAUAACAAAGGGGGAAAUGAUUCAAGCAUGAAGAAAGACCCGAAAGAGAAGCCCGUGGCUAACAAAAGGAAGGAAAGCAACAAGGAAUCAGUACAACAUGUCAGUUCAACACCUAUCAUCCCUCCAGAACAUUGUGAUUCCCAUGUUUCAAAAUACUCAAGUAAUAUGGAUAUAUGUCGCAUUUGUCACUGCGAAGGAGAAACAGAAGCUCCACUUGUAGCGCCAUGCAUAUGUUCUGGCAGUUUGCGAUGGGUGCACCAAGCUUGUCUACAAAAAUGGAUUAAAAGUGCAGAUACUAAAUCAUGUGAACUAUGUAAAUUUGAAUUCAUCAUGACAACGAAAGUAAAGCCAUUCCAAGAGUGGGAGAGACUACAGAUGACUUCAGUUGAGAAAAGAAAGAUAAUCUGUUCAGUGACAUUCCAUAUUGUUGCAAUAACAUGUGUAGUAUGGUCUCUCUAUGUGCUGAUUGAUCGGACCACUGAAGAAAUGAGACGGGGAGUACUCGAGUGGCCAUUUUGGACAAAAAUCAUUGUUGUAGCUAUUGGUUUCACUGGAGGUCUUGUUUUUAUGUAUGUUCAAUGCAAAAUGUAUGUAAAUUUAUGUCAUAGAUGGAGAGCAUACAACAGAGUAAUCUACAUUGAAAAUAUUUAUGAACAUCCAUCAGAGAGCAAAUUGUGUGAAAGUUGUAAGAAAGACUCAUCUUCCAGUCUAUGUGGAGAUGUACAGCUAGCCUGAGACUUUCUUUUCAUUGUACAGAUUUUUUUAUAGGUUUGUGAAAUUGUAUAUCUUUGAAAUUUUCUUUUCUUACAGUUCUCAAAAAUUGGUCCCAACAAGGUUUUUAACGUGAUCACUCAAAACAAUGUACAUUCCAAAUAUAGUGCUGCAGUAACAUGCAAUUUUUUUUAUUGUGUAUGCAUGUAUGUAUGUGUGUGUGCACGUGUGCCUGCACCUGUGAAUAUGUGUGUGUCUGUAUGUAUGUACGGGCCUUUACUUUUCAAACCUAUGAGUAUUUCUGUAUAUUGACAAAGAAUGAAUUGUUUAUUUUCAAUGUUCUUAUGUAUCUGUGAUGUUUUGAUGAUAGUUAUGUCUAUUUGCUUGUACAUAUGAAAUAUUGUUGACUAUGGAUGAUUUGAUGUCUGUUGGGUUUUUUUUCCAUAGUUUAUAUAAUUUGGUGUAUUCAGGUAAAAUUUUGAAAAUAACAUUGCCUUUUACUGACUGUUUUGGAUUUAGUUUUUGUUAACAAUUAAUUUAAUAUUUUAAGUUGUUUCUUAUCUUGAAGAUCUUGUGUAUUUUCAUACUAUUAGGAUUUAUUUUACUUGAUCUCUGUAAAAAUGUUUUUUUUGUUUUGAUAAUAAUGUCCAAAUGAUAGCACAAAUGCUUGGAGAUUUUUAAAUGAUACUCAUUAAAAUUAAUCUUUCUCUUAGUUGACUGAAAUUAGUGCCAGUCUUUUAAAAUAUUGGAAUUUAUGUCUUAAACAUAUCUUAAACAUAAGACCCUACUAAUUCCAAUAAUUAGUUUAAUCUCUUAAUAAUGAAUAAUAAAGUACAAAUAGUAAUAAGUUAUUAUAAAACUCUUUGUAUAAUUCACUUUACCUCUACUGGUAAAGUUUGUCUAAAUGAUUUUCUUUCCAACUUUUAAUCUUAAGAUACCAUAGAAAUGCCAUUUACUAUCCAUAGUUGUUUUAUAUUUAUGUCAGAAGACAAGAAGAUAAAAUUAGAAUAACAUCAAUAUUGGAAAAAGAUGUUACAAAAACAGAUGUAGCAUUAUGACCGUGUUCGGUCAUUCAAAUUGUAACAUUUUUAUGAAAGUAUAACAUUGAAAAUUUGCAAAUGAACCAUAUACUGUAUUUGCUGGUGUAGAUGAUGCACCCUUUUUUUUGUUGUUGUUAAAUGUAUCAAAAAAUGUGAUCACAUUACAGAUGGGAGUCCAAGUGCCGUAAGCUAGGGAUCCAGAUGAGCAUAAGGCCACAAGUCACAACCACAACAAUUGUUACUAGUAAUAAAACAUUAAAAACAAGCCAAAUGAUCAUGAUUUGUUGGCAGUUGCAUGGAUGGGUGACAUGAUCUCUCUGUACCUCCUUCCUCAGCAUCUGUAACUCAUACCUAAUCUAUGUCUUUUUUAAUAUCUGUGCUAUCUUUAAGUAUAAUUUAUUAUCUAAAUGAAAAAAAUUCUAGAAAGAUGAAAGGUAUACCAAAGCUUCAUAUCUGCCUGUCAGCUAUUUGCAAUGAGUGAAUGGCAAUUAAGCUACAGUGGGGCUGUGCACCACCCCGGUGGAUGACAGUGGUAACACAAAACAUUAAGCCAGAAAUAUGAGUUUUACGUUCUGUAUGGCAAUAUCCUCUUGAUCAAAGGAAGAUCUGAAGUUUCAAUACGGUACUUGUAUAACGUAGUUUAUUUAUGUUUAUUUAUGAUAAAUUUAUAGUUUAUAUACUUUAUUCCAGUAUACUGUCACUACAUUGUAUGUACAAGCACAGAAUCAUACAUUUUCUUCUACAAAACCACUUUAACCCUUUAGUGUUCUGAUUAUUCUAUCAAACAUAAUGCUUAUUGAUUCACAUUGAUUUGAAUUAAUCAUGCAUUAUCUCAUAUCUUCAAGAUCUUGAUGGUGUAAUUACCUAAUGUAGAAUAGCAUUGUAGGGUAGGUGUGAGAGCCUGGAUCUGGUCAGUUUGAACAUAAAACAGAUUAAAUAUUUUGGCUGGAUAUGGCCGGUUUAAAUACUAAAGGGUUAAAAUAUCUUUCAAUGAGUGUAUGCUGAAACAUACUAAAUUUGGUUUUUUUUUCUUUCCAUAAAAUAUACUUGUAAAAUAGGGGUGCAUCUUAUACACUGGUAAAUAUGGUAUAUAUAUAUAUAUAUAUAUAGAUAGAUAGAAAUAGAUAGAUAGGAAACUGGUUGAGGGCAAUUUACAACAGUCCAGUUGUUGCUGUAUACUAUAACUCAAAAUAACUUUCACAACAUUUCUGAUGUUUACUUAUACAAAAUGGAUUAUGAACACAAUUUAAGGCAUACUUUAUAUUUAAACUAGGUACAUUAACAUAAUUAAGAAUGGCUAUUUUUUUUUGUGGUGGUGGUGGUAGUGAUUGUGAUGAUGGUGGUGGUGGUGGUGGUGGUGGUGAUAGUGAUGGUGUGUUUAUGUAAUGUAAAAAGUUUUUAUUAAAAGAAAAAUCUUCCAUACGAACUUUGGAAACAGUGUUAUGUUUUUUUACUUUUAACUUGUUUCUUAAAAAGUAAUUAAUAUUUUUUUUUCCUAAACAAUACUAUUUUUGACAUUAUGAGAACGAAUAUUUGAAACAAGCAAGAAAAGUUUUUCCCCCCACCUUUUUCUAAAUCCAGUUUUAAAGAGAACAUCUCAAAAUGAGACAUCAUAAGCCAAAAUUUUAAAUGAUUAGCAGAAAUAUAACAUUAAAACUAUUUACAGCAUACAUGCGCAUGCACACACACACACAAACAUCUAAUGUAAUUUGUAUUCAACAUAUUCAAAUUUACCUGCAAUAAAAGAGAAUUAGUUGAGUUACAAAAAUAUUGCUAAUUUCUUUCUACUCAUUAAAUGAACAAUGAUUUCAAAUAGUAAAGAUAUUUCCAUUGUAUAAAAUCAUAUAUUGAUGGUGUAUGUGUGUGUGUGUGUGGUUCUGCAAAACUGGGAAAGAGGAAAGGCAUUAAGAAAGAAGAAAUGGAAAUGAGAGAGAGAGAGAGAGAAAAAAGAGGAGAGAUUGAGAAGAAGCUGAAAGGAGUGAAAAGUAACAAUGAAACAGAGUGAGUGAGAGAGAGAGAGGGGGAGGUUGUUACUGGAAGAGAAAAAAAGAAAGGAUUGGUGCCUGCAACCAAGAGAGAUUGAAAGAUGAGGAAAUUACCGACAGGUGAUGCUACGGAGCAACGGUAGCUACUAAGUCUUAAUAACAUAUCACAUGACCAAUAGAUAAGAGAAGAAAAUGCAAUACUAUGCUUUCUUUUAUGUUAUGAUUAUCACUUGUCUUGUUUGUCUUUAUACAUAAAACAGGUUUAAGAAAAAUAUUGACAAAGAAACAGAAAA